GUAUUACUAAAAGAAAAAGCCUUGUUUACUUUUUAUUGAACAUGUGAAAAUAUCAGAACUGGAAAUGGUUGUUAUUAUUACAAUGUCUGUUAAAUCAUAAUAACGACUCAUAUGGAGAAACAACAGAAACAUUUUUCUGAGGUUUUUCUCUUUUGCUUCUCCGGCCACAAACGUCUCUACUGUAGUGACAUGCAAUCAGCCAUUAGCAGUUACCUUUUAGCAGCCAGGGGAACCAGGCAGUGUUAGCACUGUGUUGACGACAGCAGAUAAUUAUCAUCCAGCGUUUACGCUCACUUCUCCGUGGUAAUCCUUGAAAAACUGACUGUUUACAUCGGGCUCUGAGCUAUUUGUUAGCAAUUAUCAGUUUACAACAACCUCCUUAGCAAUUACCCUUUGUAUAGCAACAGUAUUAUAUAAUAUUGUGAUGGAGGGAACGUCUUAAAUCUAAGCAGUUGUAGAUUAGCUAUCAGACCAGUAUAAAUUAGCUGUAAAAAGCUAAAUAAACCCACUGUGUGUUGCUACACAGGUAAUAGCAGUGUCAUUAACUCCUAGCAGUUAGCUGCAGGAAUUUAGCUGUCAGUAGGAAUUCACUGUGGACAGCUAGCUUAGCUAGCUUAGUUAUUUGCAGUAAAAUUGUAGACUAACCUAACUUUAAUAAUUAAUAAUAAUUAUGUCGUAUUAUCCCUUUACGCAGGAAGUGUUAAAUUAGCUUCAAGCAGCGCCGGCUCAGAGGUUAGUAACUAAGAGUUAACUGAUUUGUAACUGUUAGUCAUAUUUUUAGCUACCCGGCGAGCUGAACAGAGUUAGUCGUAAACUCUGAGCCUUUAUUUUAGCACCUAGCAGUUCUGUUAGCAUUUACGUUACACUACCAACAUGACAUUAGCUCUUAUUUGCUAGUUCUAGGUCAGCGGGGUCCAACUAUUAAAAUGCAAGGGUUCGAUUAAGAAGGCAGCAGAGUAAGCACAAACCUGUGACAGCGCCACCAUGUGGAGCCAUCUUGAACAUAAACACGUUCAUAACAGAAAUGGCGGCACAGGGGGGCGCUACAAUAGAAGCUUGUAAUUCCUGAGUGAGGAAUUCCAACCUCCAAGUAGAGCUGGUUGUUAGUAGCUAACAGCCACUAAACACACGCUGGGAUUAGCGAGUUAAUCCCUGUUAAUCAGCAGCAGCACUUGCACCUGUUUUUACUGCACUGACACACAGACGUUUGUUCAUGGAUCGAUCAGUAAAAAUGUUACAUCUCUGUUUGUGAACAAAUGUUUGAAAAAAAGAAGUCAGCUUUUUUUAAAAAAAUAUAUAUAAUUAAAAAGUACUUAAGUUUCAGAUAAGUGGUAAAAAAAAAGUAGGAAUCUUAAAACAUGAAUUUGUAUUUCAGUAACACAACCUGACCACAGGGGGCAGCAGUGGGAUUGCAGCGCCUGAGUCCCCGUGAGCGAAAAUGAUUUUCUCUAUGCUGUACUUUACUGUACAGGCCUGAGUGUGGAGGUCAAAGGUCAAGGUCACGGUGGCCUCCCAAUAAAAUGUGACAUUUUGUCCAAUAGUGAGAGUGAAUAAACGUUAGCACGCGUUAGCAUGCGUUAGCAUGCGUUAGCAUGCGUUAGCAGUCCUUGUGAGAAGAGCAGGGGUGGCAGCGUCUGUCAGUCGUGUGAGUGUCACCGUGUCUGACUGUACAGGCGUCAGGCUGCAGCCGAGGAGUGUACCAGCCACCCAGGCGUGAACAACAGCGCCUCCAUGCUGUAGUGACAGCGUCACUGCAGGAUGAAGCAGGUGUAAACAGAUUACAGGGCAGAAAAAACUCAUUUGUGACAAAAGUGAGAAAAACAAAAACCAUUUAUGAGAAAAGUGUGAUAAAAACUGACAGCAAAAAAAAAAGUCUGAUAUAAGUAUAAAAAAAUGAAAUAAAAAAUGUAAUCUAACAAAAACAGUUAAAAACAGAGUUUUUGUAAAAACAUAAUUAUGAAAGAGUUGUAAAACAAAUGUCAGUGCUAAAAUCAGAGAACUGAGGAAAAAGAUUUCCUGCAGGGGGCGACAAAGACAAAAUAUGAGGAUGAGAAAUCAUGUAGGUCAACAUUGAACAGGCUUUUUUUUCUAAGGCUUUAAAAGGCUGAAGGUUUUAAUCCCCUGUGUGUGUGUGUGUGUGUGUGUGUGUGUGUCUUUUGUUUUUAAUCCGAUAAGAAUUGAACUCUACAACCAUCUGACCCUGUGUGUGUGUGUGUGUGUGUGUGUGUGCUCAGCGUCACUGACAGACUAGUUAAGAAGCGGUUUAAUGAAGCCAACGGAGGACAACUCACCGAACAAUAAGUAGCUAACAGGUGAAGCUGAAGAUAUAGCGGAGUGAACUAUCCACCAAGAACAAGUAGUCUAACGAUUGUCUAAAUGUUAGCACAGAGCUAGCCGUUGUUAGGAAGUGGUCACAUAAACAGAUUCAAGUUUUCCAAGUUAGCUAAAUAUGAGAACCUAAAAGUUAGCCAGGAACACAGUUAGCCCGAAACUAAGUUAGAAAGUUAAAGGGAGUCAUGCUAAAUAAAGUUAAAGGUUAGCAUAAGGACAAAAAAAAGUCAGAGCCAAAGUUAGCCCAGAAACAGCUAAAAUGUUCGGACGCUUACGCUCUCUCUGUGACAUCACAGCUGACCCCGCCAUGACCUGCAGACAUCAUCCCUGACAUCAUCGCUCCUCAUUCACUCUUGACAUCAUGACUCCUGCUGGUCAACCGUUGCCAUGGCAACGUCCUUGGCAUUCCCUGGUGCCGUGUCUCGUGGUGACCGCGGUACAUUUCCUGACCGGGUCCUUGGCCACGCCCUUCCCGCCAGACAUGCGGCCAAUCAGAGUGGUCACUUCAAAGGACACCAAUCAGCUGCCAGGCUUUUCUGGUCUCCAUGACAACGACACACAGCGUCUGGGUCUGGACUUCCAGAGGAUGAGACGAAUCAACAAUUUCCUGUUUAUCUCUGCCAGAGAUCAUGUGUUUGCUGUGAACCUGACGACGGCAGCCGACAAGUUCGUCCCUCACCUGCAGCUGAGGUGGAAACCUGAGGACGUGAGCACGUGCACAGUCCGAGGGAAGAACAGCGUACGUUUCCUUCUCAGUCUGACGUUGUUCCUGUUUCUUUGUUUGUUCGUUAAGUCUUUGUUUGUUUCUCUGUUUUUCCAGGACGAGUGUUACAACUACAUCAAAGUUCUGGUCCCGAAAGACGACGAAACGCUGCUCAUCUGUGGAACCAACGCCUUUAACCCCACCUGCAGGAACUACAAGCUGACGUCCUUGGAGCAGGUGGGCGAUGAACUCGGCGGUCAGGCGCGGUGCCCGUUUGAGUCCCAUCAGUCCGUCGUUGGCUUGUUUGCAGACGGAGACUUCUACUCUGCGACCACCACCGACUUCCUGGCCAGUGACGCUGUCGUCUACCGCAGCCUCGGCGACGAGCAGCCUGUUCUUCGCAGCGUCAAGUACGACUCCAAGUGGCUGCGAGAGCCUCAUUUUCUUCACGCCAUCGACUACGGAAGCUACGUGUACUUUUUCUUCAGUGAGAUCGCGGUGGAGUACACGGCGCUGGGAAAGGUGGUCUUCUCUCGAGUCGCGAGGGUCUGUAAGAAUGACAACGGGGGGUCACCGCGCGUUCUGGAGAGACACUGGACGUCCUUCCUCAAGGCUCGUCUGAACUGCUCACUUCCUGGAGACUCCUUCUUCUACUUCGACGUCCUACAGUCCGUCACCAGUGUUCUGCAGAUCAACGGGAGGCCGGCAGUAGUCGGAGUUUUUACUACGCAGGACAACAGCAUCCUGGGCUCGGCCGUCUGUUCCUUCUACAUGGACGACAUCGAGAACGUCUUCAGUGGCAAAUUUAAAGAACAGCGAGUGAGCGACUCGUCCUGGACGCCGGUGUCUGACGACCAGGUUCCUCGGCCGAGACCUGGUUCCUGUGCCGGGGACACCGGCGCCGUGAACUACAAGUCAUCCAUCCAGUUUCCCGACGAGACGCUAACAUUCAUCAAGUCGUACACUUUGAUGGACGAAGCUGUCCCAGCCGUCAACGAACGGCCAUGUUUCACCAGGACGUCCAGCAGGUCAAAGGUGACGCAGAUCGCGGUGGACGUCUCUGCCGGCCCCUUCAAAGACCGUACAGUUCUUUUCCUGGGCUCGGAGGACGGACGAGUCCUGAAGGCUGUGGUCAACACGGACUUCAACCAGACCCUAGGAACCAGACUGCUGGAGGACAUCGAUGUUUACAGCCCGUCCAGGUGUAACGUCCAGGGUCAGGAGGACAGGAGAGUCUUGGCGCUGGAGCUGGAUAAAGACCAUCACACUUUGUAUGUGGCCUUCAGCAGCUGCGUCAUCAGGAUUCCACUCAGCCGCUGCUCACAACAUGGCCGCUGUAGAGAAGCCUGUCUGUCCUCCCGUGACCCAUACUGUAUCUGGUUGCGGAGCGGGAACUGUGUCAACGUGGCGCCAGGACUUAAGGCGGGGUUUGAACAGGACGUUGAGGGCGAGCAGGCAUUCGACUCCGACAGCUGUCAUGCUGACAUAUUAGCAACAACACAGAACCACGAGUUUGACCCCGGAUAUGACUUGGAGCACGGCGCUAACGUUCACUACACGUUACUGCUAGCCUGCGUGCUAGUGGCAUUCUUCCUGGGCGCCGUCCUGUCAGGUUUCCUGGUGUCGUGUUAUUGGAGCCACAGCAGCGCCGAGCAGAGGAGCACGCUGGGUAAAGAUGACGAGGUGUCGCUGCCUCACGCUCUGUCACUGCGAACGCUAGCGAAACUCAACGCUCUGCUGGAAGGAACAGAUAAGGAGGACAAAGUGGGCGUGUCCAUGUCCCACAUGUACAGCUCAUUCAUUCCCAAUGGCCACGCCCCCUCUCCUGUCAAUACACCAGCCAAUCAACAUGAUCACCCUGCCCUCAGCCUGUCUCAGUCACUGUCUCAGUUGGACGGAGAGCGGUCCGACCUGCCCACACCGUACUUCACCCCUGAGCUGGCCGUGAAGAACACGAAGUCGCUGCAGUGCCAUCAGCUGGAGGACAACCAGAACUGUAACAACAUUUCAGCUUCUGGACCCGAGUCUUCGGGGUCUUCUCUGGGCUUCAGGGGCGCUGGUGGAGGCUCUCUGUACCCACUCGACACCGACAACAGUCUGGACGGGGGCGUGUCCUCCUUAUCGCUCCCUAUUCCUGAUUUGCAAAGCAGUGAGAGGUCAGGGGGCGGAGUCAUGACAACCCCCCAGGGGGGGGCUGACAUGUCCGCGCUGGACGAGUGGCUCCAGCACAUACAGGAAGUAAGUGCAUCGGGAAACGCCGGCAUCAAGAUCCUGACCACCUCUUCCACCAGAGGGCAGUACCAUCUUCCUCAUCUACAACAUCACCGUACGCGCCCCCAUCGCUACAACCACAGUCACCACGCUGACUCCCACCCACCACCAAAGAGCGAGGGGACCAAAGUCCUGGACCCGCCUUGUCAGAGCGCUGCGUCCUCCUCAGGUCUGCUCCAGAUUCCUGAAAAACCUGAAGAAAAUGGCGGCGUGUCCGUGACACGUCGGCCCGCUCAUCGCCAUGCCCUCGUCAAGAUCAGCGACGGUGGCGGUGGAGUGUCGCGCCACCACAGCUUUACCCAGCAGAGUGCGCCACCUGCACGAUUUCUGGCCAGAAUGAACAGGAACAACAGCAACUGUGCCGCUAACGCUAACGUUGCCGCUAACGCUAGUGUCUGUCUGACGCGGCAGCACAGCUACAACGAGGGUCCACACGAUGCACGGGCGGCCCUGGUUCGCAGAACGUCCUCCCUCAAACCACAAAUCCCGCCCAAAUCGCUAUUUUUGCCCAAUACCUCGACGCCAGAAAAAUUUAACUCAGACUCAGACUGAGGGGGGCGCUGUUUAUAAAGGCCGCCACAGACUUCCUACAGUAAACAACAUGAACCUGAGGAAGAAUUCUGGGAAACAUCCUGUUUCCCUCACGGCCUGCAGAGGGCGAAGUCGUCCACUGCUGAUGUCCAGAGUCCAAGGAGACCGUCCACUCCACGGCUGAUACAUGGAGGUGUGGACAUGGCCCCAGACUCAGAGACAGGAAGUGGACUCAGGACCACAUGAACAAGCAUUAAGUUCCAAAAACAGAACACGGUUCUCUAAGCCUGGACCGUGAGGACGUUCCUCCACUCCAGGGAACAGGAAGUGGAGUCAUUACUGCCAGAAGAACGUCCUGACGUAACUGACCGAGAGACAGGAAGUGGACGCAGCGUGAAAGGAGGACACGUCUCCUGGGUUUGUUUUUUUUUUUUACUGUUUUGGUACAAACACAAUAGAAAUGUUUACACAGUUUUUUCUAAAGGUGUGCUCAAUCACUGGUUCCCCUCGAUCUGAAGAACCAUGUAGGUUCACUGAUGUUCCUG